GGGUUUAUAUGCAGCAGGUUUAUUGCAGGCGGUGUAUCUAUGCCCGGCCGAGAUUGAAGGAGUUCGAUUCCGUAACUGUGGCGUCCCUUUGGUGUGAGAAACCAGUGUUUAUCAAUGCUGAUGUUGUGGAAUGUGUAGAUCGUUCUCAUGACAGCAAAUCUGGAAACAAAUUUGAGAGGAAAUGGAAGGUGCAGCAGCUGGCUCGCGUGGUUGUCAUCUGCCGCCGGGAAGAUCGCCUCCCUAGUCACAGAAGUCCCAGGAGAUCAGCAGUGGGAGCUCCCAGUGGCAUCACAUCCUGACGUUGCAUUGGACUCAGCUGCGACGAUUGAAACCUGUCAACGUCACCGCCACGGCGUCUCAAGCGCCACGAGGGCGAAACAGCGCGUCAACUGGGAACGAACUGGGUAGUGUUUGGGAGUGGUCUACGAAUCUGAUCCCCAAGUGCCGGCAACGAUAAGCGAGGAGAGAGUGAUUAC